CAUGGUGUCCGAAGUGCGGUUUUAUUUUUAAUUGCGACUGGACUACGAAAAUUGAACGAGAAAGGGAAUGAGUGUAAUGAUGGCUACUGGAUUCGAUCUUCGUCUUCCAAGGCCGCUUGAUUGUUCCAAUCUGGCAAAACAGUGGCCACGAUGGAAACAGGACUUUGGUAUUUACCUGCGUGCAAAUAAUAAGAUGAAUGAGAAUGAAUCGAAUAAAAUUGCGACGUUUCUGUGGUUAAUAGGAGCACGAGGCGUAAAAAUUUUUAACACUCUUUAUCCGAAUGACGGAAACAUCGAUAAUCUUUUCGGACAUGACAACGAAGGUGUUGAAAAUGCGGAAGGAGGUGGUGAUGCUGAUGAUCGCUUUGUUGACGCUAAUGAUGGUUCGGCGGCACGCACACUAGCAGAAGUGAUUAAAGCAUUUGACGAGUAUUGUUUACCUCGUAAAAACAUCGCCAUGGAAGCUUUUAAGUUUAAUUUAAUAGCGCAGCAGGAAAAACAGUCAUUCGGAGACUUUGAGACGGAGCUACGUACUCAAGUUCAAUACUGCGAAUUUAAAUGUGCGGCGUGCCACGUUUCAUAUGCUGAACGAAUGCUCCGUGAUAGAAUUAUUAUUGGAGUGCAGGAUAAAAAACUGCAAUUGAAAUUGCUAGAUGACCGGGACGAUCCUUUAUCGAAGGUCAUAGAGACAAGCAAAGUUUUCGGAGCUGCAUCUGAAAACAGGCUGUUGCUGGAUCGGAAAGCGCAUCCGCUGGAGGUGAACGCUGUCGAAGAACAAUCGAAAACUACGGAGGUUGCAGCAGUUUCCCGACCAUCAUGUUAUAACUGUGGGAAACCGUUCCAUCGGCGCAGCUGCCCAGCUGUGAAUGCGGAGUGUCACUCGUGUGGCGAGGUCGGGCAUUUCAAGAAAUGUUGCCGGAAAAAGCCCAAGGACAGAAGAAAUUUCAGAACAAGGAGACACUCAGGAGGUAUCUGGAAUGAAGUCAGCGGAUAAAAGCAUUCCGAAGCAGACGGUAUACUCAGUUAACUGGAGUGAUGCAGAGUAAACUCCACUAAAGGCAGGAGUUCAUUUAACGAUAGAAGGAUGAGCAGAUGGAAGAAGAUUUACCACAUUAAGAGUUUUCCAGUAGAAUUCAAGUUGGAUACAGGCUCUGACGUCAACUGUGUUCCUGUCGAUGUCGUUAGAAGACUUGGUGUACGGAUUCAGAAGGUCGAAAAUGCUCUUGUUUUGGAUUACAGUUCAAAUCAAAUCAAUGUUCACGGACAAGUUGAACUAUUUUGCAUUGAUCCCGAUAAAAAUACUAUGAAUACCGCUCAGUUUCUCGUUGUCGAUAGACAGUUUGAGCCUUUACUUGGUCUAAAAUCAUGUAUCUCU